AUGAGUUCCUUCGUAUUCAUUCUCAUUAUUUCUUUCAUUGUUUUCCCUGUGAACAACAUGGGCCCAGUCCAAUUGACAGCGAUUGAACCACUUGUCUCAGUUACUGCUAUUUUGGGUGAGGAUGUUGUGCUACACUAUCAUCUGUCCCCCAGGACAAGUGCUCAGGACAUGGAGAUAAAAUGGUUCCGUUCUCAGAACUCUUCAUAUGUACACCAUUAUCACAAUGGCAAAGAUUAUUCUGAAAGGCAGCAGCUAAAAUACCAAGGAAGGACUGAGUUUCUGAGAGAUGGCAUUGAUGCGGGAAAGAUUGACUUGAGAAUCUUUAAUGUCAGCCUUUUUGAUGAAGGACAGUACCAUUGUUCUCUGAAAAAUGGGACUUUCUAUCAGGAAGCCUCAUGGGAUGUGAAAGUAACUGCAUCAGGCUCUACUCCUUUCAUUUCCAUCAAAGGUUAUAAAAAAUUUGGGAUCCGAGCUGUUUGUCAGUCCAGCGGCUGGUACCCAAAACCUGAGAUGCUGUGGAAAGAUGCCAGUGGGAAACGUCUUUCUUCUUUUUUGGAAAGAAAUGUCCAGAAGGACAAUGGGCUCUUUGAAGUGCAGAAUGAGAUCAUUGUCACUCAAAGUUCAGAUCAGAACUUAACCUGUGUGGUCAGGAACAUUCUUCUUCACAAACAAAAGGAAUCAGCCAUUCAUAUAGCAAAUGACUUUUUCCCCAAAACGCCUGCCUGGAUAGUGGGUCUGUGUAUAUCCCUGAUGGUUUCAAUUGGUUUGGCUCUCUUUAUUCUUUACUUGUUUAAAAUAAACAGAAAACUUGCAGCAGAACUUGGGUGGAGAAACAUGGUGGUGCCAGUAGAGAAAGCAAACAUAACCCUGGAUCCAGACACAGCGAACCAUGACCUUAUCAUCUCUGCGGACCAGAAGAACGUAAUCCAAGGGUUCAUGUGGCACAGACUGCCUGACAACCCCAAGAGAUUUGACGUGGAACGCUGCGUGUUGGGAAGCGAAGGGUUUUCUUCAGGGAGACAUUACUGGGAAGUGGAGGUGGGGGAGGAAGGCUAUUGGGCAGUGGGGGUGGCCAGAGACUCUGUGAAAAGGAAAGGGAGGCUCAUCCUUGACCCCAAAGAAGGAAUCUGGGCUGUAGAAAAGUGUCCAGUCCAAUACCAAGCACUCACUGUCCCUGAGACGCCUCUGCCUUUGCAGAAGAAACCCCGGAAGCUUGGGAUUUAUUUGGACUGUGAGCUGAAGCUGGUGGCAUUUCAUGAUGUCAAUCACAAGGCCCCCAUCUUCACAUUCCCCAUAGCUCCUCUCUGUGGGGAGAGGAUCUUCCCUUUCCUUCAUGUUGGAGUAGGGUGUUGGCUUACAAUUUGCCCCUGAGGCUUUCCUUGCAUGUGGAUUGGACAGA